CCCGCAGCCACCGCAGCCAUGGCGCCUUCCGCGCGGCGCCGCGACCAGUAGCGGGCGCCAUGGCGCGCCUGGCGCCGCCCGUGCUGGUCGCCUGGCUGCUGCUCGUGCCCGCCGUGCUACUGGUGGCCGUCGACUCGACGCCGGCGCUCCUCGCCGCGCUCCCGCCGCGCUCGGCGCCCCAGCUAGCCCGGGCCCUGCGCCGCGCGUUGGCGCGCUGGGGCGCCGGGCCAGGGGAUGCCUCCGCGACCUCCUGGGUCGUGGCCGCCUUCAGCGCCGUGCCCGACACCCGGGCUGCCCUGUCCGCGCUCUGCACCGCGCUCGAGGGACACGCACCCCUGCUCGUCGUGUCGUUGGCGGCGCCGCCGGCGGCCUUCGCGCCGGCGCUCGCCGCGGGACGGGCCAGGAUGCCCGUGCUCGCGUACACCGGGGGGUACCUGGACCGCGCCGCGCAGGAAGCAAGCCCACUCUACCUGAGCCUGGACCCCGGCCUCCCCGAGCUGACCGAAGCGCUGUUCGGCCUCCUGUCCCAAAACCGCUGGUACCACUUUGUUCUCGUCACGGACGAGUCGGCGGCGUCUUCCAUGCUGGCCCAGCGGCUGGGCUCCCUGUGCCGCGGCGUGCCCUGGCGCCCCAUGCUGAGGCUGGCUCUGUCCGGCCCGACCCAGCCGCUCCUUGGGCCGCUGGCCAAGAUCACGGCAUCCCAGGCGCGGAUCGUCCUCUUGUUCGUGGAGGCGCCCAUGGUGCGAGCCGUGCUAGAUGCAGCCCGAACCCUUGGCCUUCUGGCCGGGGACCACCUCUGGCUGUUUGUGGAGCGAGACGACCCGAAUCCGGCCAGUCCGCACCCUUGUGGCGGAGACGUGGAGGGGUCGGCCUUAAAGGGCUGUCCCCUGGGAGCCCUGAGCCUGCAGCUGAGGCAGAGCCACGUGGAGCGUACGGAUGCCCCUCGCCUGCUGGCCGGACUACUACACGACGGACUCUCGCGCUGGGGCCCCAUAGAGUAUCCUCUGGCGCUCCGCAAUGCUUCCGGGGCUCCCACACCGUCCUGCUGGGAGGAACCCAGCGCUCGAAGAGAGAUGUUUUCACAAAGGCUCCACGGGUACCUGAGGGCGGCGGCGGCCGACGCCGUGCAGAGUCAGCGAUUUCCUCCGCCCGUGUUUGACAUUUUAAACUUGGUGCCGGCGGAGGGCGGUGCCCAGUGGCGUUCCGUGGGUAACGUCACCAAGGGUUCCGCCGUCCUCGAUGCGGUGCUGUGGCCCUCGACGGGCGAGCCGACGUUGAUGGGACCUCGGCCGUUCGGCCAGCCGCGUUUCAGAGUUGUCACGGCGUACGCAGCGCCCUUUGUCAUGGCCGCCACUCGUCUGAGGAACGGAAGCUGCCUCACUGGAGUCCCUUGUCUUCAGGUCUCGACGGCCAUCUCGGACGAACUGGCGGCCCUGUUUGCCCACUACCACCGGACGGGGGGCCACACUCGCCACCCCGGCUACAACGUGACCUGCUGCGCGGGCAUUGCCAUUGACCUGCUCAAGUCGCUCGCCCGCGACCUCUCCUUCGACUUUGACCUCUACCUUGUUGCCGACGGGAGCUUCGGCACCGACCGUGGCGGCCGUUGGGGCGGCAUCACCGCCGACCUCAUCUCGGGUGCAGCACACGUGGCGGCCACAGCCUACUCCGUCACGUCGUCCCGCUCCCGCCGAGUCGACUUCUCGGUGCCAUUCUUCCACUCGGGCGUGUCGUGCCUGGCGUAUGCGGUCAAGCGGGACGUGCCACUGUCGGCGUUCCUGGUGCCCUUCAGCGUGCCCCUCUGGCUGGCCAUCUUCCUCAGCCUGAAAGUGACGGCACUGGCGGCGGCCCUCUACGAGUGGUUCUCGCCGUUCGGGCUGAACCCGUGGGGGCGCCAGCGCACGCGUAACUUCAGCCUGGCCUCGGCACUGUGGGUGAUGUGGUCGCUGCUUUUCUCCCACCUGGUGGCCUUCAAGGCACCCAAAUCCUGGCCCAACAAAGUGCUCAUUAACCUGUGGGGCUGCUUCUCCGUCAUCUUCCUCGCCAGCUACACGGCCAACAUCGCGGCCCACUUUGCGGGCCUAUUCUUCCAGAUGCAAGUGCACGACUUCCACGACACCAGUCUCCUCAGCCAGCGCACAGGCACGGCCCGUGGUACUGCAGCCGAGGGCUAUGUCUUUGCCGAGAACAAGCGUCUCUGGGAACACAUCCAGCGCUUUGGCGUCGCCUCGCUCGAGCAAGGACUCGAGUCACUGCGCCUGGGCACCCUGGACGUCCUAAUCGGGGACACGGCCGUCCUCAACUACUACCGGGCCAAUGAGCCGAGCUGCCGGCUCCGUCUCCUGGGUGACUCCAUCUUCGACGACGCCUACGCCGUGGGCAUGGCCCGCGGCUUCCCGCUCACUGCUGCCGUGUCCGAACUCAUCCUGCGCUACAACGCUGUGGGCUACCUGGACCAGUUGCACGGGAAGUGGUACGGGCGGGCGCACUGUCUCCAGGACGGCCUGCUUCAGCGUCUGGACAAGCCGAUGCCGCUGGGCGUGCGUGCAGUGGCAGGUCUCUUCAUCAUGCUUCUAGUUGGGCUGCUGGCAGGCUCGCUAGUUCUCAUCCUCGAGCACCUCGUGUUCCGCUACGCUCUGCCGGGGCUCAGGGCUCGCUCCAAGCAGUGCUUCUGGAAGAGCCCCAACCUCAUGUUCUUCAGCCAGAAGCUUUACCGCUUCAUCAACACCGUAGAACUGGUGUCUCCACACCACUCGGCCAAGGAGAUUGUGAGCAAUCUCCGUGAGGGCCAGAUAGCCAGUCUGUUCCAGAAGAGCGUCAAGCGAAAGAUCAAGGAGGAGGCUCGCCGUAGGAAAAGCAAGUCCCAGUUCUUUGAGAUGAUCCAGGAAAUCAGGAGGGUGGUUCGACAGCAGCAGACGGAGAGAGACGAGGAGUCGCCGACGAGUCCGCACGAGGGUCCGUUCAGUGCCACCUCGAGCAUCGGACCCCUGCUGGUGCGCGAGCCCUCGCCUCCAAGCGGUUCGAGUUCCUCGUCUGCUCCGACAUCUUCGUGGGUGCACGGUGCUCUCCUCAGCGUCAGCCUCGAGGAACUUCCCUCCGUCGCUCCGCCGGCGUGUCGCCGCCGCCGCUCCCACUCCCUGGGCGACCUCUCGCACAUGCGGCCGGCCUGGCAACCACGGCGGGCGCCGCCGAGCUGCGCCAGCGACCUCGACGAUGUCCGUUUGCGCGCGCUGAGCCGCGAGCAGCUGCUGCAUCGCUGGCGCGACUCGGAGCGCCGUCUGUUGAACUUGCUGCGGGAGGCGCUGCGGGAGAAGCAGGCACUCGAGCGCAAACUGGCGUUUCUUCACAGCGCCCUGCGCAACAAGCCGCCCUGAGACGGGUCCUAGAGCCACGGAACGCUUGCGGAGCGCCGGAACUCCAUAGCUCCGAUUUCGUGAUACCGCACGGGUGCAGCCGUCGAACUGGCAUCGAGCGAAAUAUUUUCCUCGUGAGCACUUCCUUGCACCUCGAACGUCUCGGAAGGCAUCCAUUUUUAAAAGCUAGGAAGCUGGGCGAAGCAGACAAUGAAAUCCCACGUGGCCCGAACUUAAAGGAUAUCGUGCUUCGAGACACGAUGAAGUCAGCCAUCUAGCUUUUUAUUACGGCCGGCCAGACGUUUGCGGCGUGCUCUCCGCAGCUUAUAGCAUACCGCACAAAUCAUACUUUUGACUCGGCCGACCAAGCUUGCAUCGACGUGGCCGCAGGCUGCCAAUCAGAGGGCUCUAUUUUCGGUCCAAGCAGACGCUACGGAGCAUGGCACUCCAGGAGCGUUAUGUGGCUCUCGCGGGACCCCCGGGUUCACAGCACUUGAUGAGCGUACAACCGCGCAGCCACUCAGCCGGCGGAGAUAUACGGGGGGGCCCCCCCUGGUGCUAACUACUGCCCGCGUCCCUUUGGUGCGUUCGUCCGCGGCCCCGCAAUGGCCGCCCCAGCCCCCGCCUCGGGACCAAGACGCGGGCUCACUCUCCUUCUAGGCCCCGCCCACUCACAUAUACACUCUCACCGGGCUGAGAGCGGGCCUGUUUAUGAGCGCGGGGCGGGUCGCUGCUUUACAUUUGGGGGAAGAGGGCGAGGAGGGCACACACGCCACCGUAGUAUUUUGUGAUUUUCGUACACCUAUACCGGGUUAUCCUCUAUAUAUAUAUAUAUACACAUAUAUAUACACACACAUAUACAAACACACAGAGAUGUAUCUUAGCGAGACGCGGAGAAAAGCAAUAUAUAAGGAUUCUGCGGGUGCCUCGUCUGCCGAGCCGAGGGUCCUUGGGCGGCCCCGCCGCAAUUGGACGAGGAUGUGAGGGGACGGCCGGCAGCUCCCACCGACGCGAGGCCCCUCUCGCUCGUCCCCUUCGAGAUCACAGGAGGCUUCCCAGUGCGGGUGUGGUGCCUGAAACGCCCCUUCGACUGGUGCGUUUACCACGUCCAAGAAAGUGGUCCUUCGAUAUCCGCCCGAUGAAAUGCCACGCUGUCACCGGCCACGAUUUUGGCGUUGACUAGCAGAGGCGGUGGAUGUGCCAGAUGCCCGUUCCACUACGAGUUGCAUUCCGUGGAAGCUUUGGCCGCCAGGAGUUGGUACGCCACGACGAAGGGGACGUUCGCAAUCACUCGCGUUUCUUUUUGUCCGGAACCUUUAUGCCCAACCGCCGGGGCUGCGACAUCCGAUAGUGUGACGUUCCAGCUGUUGCAAUGUUAUUUGUCGCUGCUUUGGGACCACUUUCGGUGCGUGGGAAGAAUAGGACGCUAAACACACCAGUCAAAGAUGCGUCGCAUGCACCAUAGCUUCGGUUUUACGUCUGCUCGAGCUUGCUUCACGCGGCCACUAGCCAGCGGCGUUAUCGUUUGCGUCGUGGAAAGGAGACACCGUAUUCAAAGGGCGUUUGAGUAGUGUGCUACCGACAAGGACAUUCUGUCGACUCCGUUCGCAAGUAGCAUCGUCUUCACGACCCGUCUCGCGGAUGCAUUGCCGUCGUCUGCGAGAACGGUGUCGGCGUGCCAAAUUUUUUGUUUCGGCUCGGCAGGCUUUAAAAAAUAUAAACUGCAGCUGCUCUACAAAGUUCACUAUGCACUUUCUAAAAAAAAAAAGAUCUAUUUCGUGGACGCAGCUGCAGCUCGGUGUGCACUUACGCCGCACACGUUGCUAUACGAGGCAGCUCCCUUUUUCCAGUCUAGCGGACGUGGUUCUAUGCAGGGGGAAGGAAAACGAAAUGUCACAGAAACUCCGUGCACCUUCGCAGCUACGGCAUCCGGAACGCAUCUCCGACCACCGCACGUUUAGUUCGUCAUCGCGGCGAACUGAAGUUCGCGGCAGUCUUAGCCGCAUUGCAGCAGCAGGAGCGGAUGUGGCAGACAUCCGUUCUGCCGCGGCGCGCUAGGCUCCCCCGUCUAUGAAAAUCACAGGAACCGAAAAUUGCGGCGGCGGCAAUGCUCGCAUCUGCUCGCCUUCCUUACCAGUGCUUCUAGAAUCGUCUGUAGAGUUUAAUGGCGGCUCCCGCGACACCUGGGCAGCGUCCCAGCCUAAAUCAUCGAACUUCUUCUAGAUACCAAAGCGGUAGUGCCGAACGUUCUGCAUCCGAAAUCUUGGCACUACGACUCUGUUACCUGUACUCCAUCCGAAAGACUUUCUUACCCGUACUCCGUUGGAACCCCUCGUCGUGAUCUCUUACACGAGAGAGCACACUGGCGCCAUGAGUCGGGUAACCCUGGACCAUUCGCGAUUUCCGUAAACUUUACACUACUUUCGCUCAUUUUUCAAAAUUUUUCCUUGGCACGAAAGUUUUUUGACAAUGUCAUAAACGAUUGUCUCUCGCAGAUAAUGCGUGAAUUCGAUCUCGCAAGUACAGCGAAACCUUCGCUCUGGUAAAAUGCAGUUCCAGGGCUGCCUGCUAGUCGGUCCUUGUUCCGUCGCCAACCACAACGAGAGAGAGUACAGGUGUCGGCCGAGCACGUCGGUGGUCGGCCCGUUUUGGGCGCCGUAGCUGCGACGUGCGCGUUCCCUUGUUCGAGUGUGGCGCGUUAGUUUUGCGGUUCGAGCCCAGACUGCCUCUUCCCACCUAGGGUGCUCGAACCGGCCGGUGGUCCGCUCGUGCACGCAUCUCCCUCACCCUCAUGCGAAUGCCGUUUAGAGAAUCGCUUUUUAGGACUCUUCACCGUAGUGCUUUCGGAAACACUUUUCCAAGGGCAGAAGGUCGCCGCGCGCCGCGGCUCCCGUCGGCGGUUGCCGCCACCCCCCUUUGCUCGAGCGUGGUCGUUCGCCGUGCCGACGGGAGUCCGUGUCAGACUACAGAGGCCGGAGUAGCGGAAGGAGGCGCGAGAGGUCGUCGGACGUUCGCUCUUUGCAGGCGCACCUCUCUCCCUCUUUCAGAAGCCGUCGCAGCAUUGGCCGAUUCUUUUCUAUUGGGGGGAAAACGCGGGGUCGACCCUCUGUACAUAGUCUCGUCACUGGUCACAAAAAAAAAAAAAAAAAAAAAAGCCUAGAGUGCCACUUGUUUGGAGUUGUUGCAAGCUGAAAUAAAGUUUACGCAA